GGGGAAGGCUUUGCGGCCGUGCUGUGGCCGGCCUCCGUUGGAGCGGCGCCUGAGGGCGGUGCGGCGUUGAAUUCUCCAGCUCCGCCUCCCAUUCCGACUUCGGCUCCGGCUCUGGCGCGCGCGCUGUCGCCCUCCCCGCAGACCGCCUUCGGCCAGGCGACCCCAGCGCAAGGCCGCCCGGAGCUCCCUGAGACUUGGACCCGCUGAGCCGGAGGAGGCACCGUGGGAGUACUGAUGAAAGGACUUUCAUCUGGGAGGUAGAAGUUGCCUCUGAAUCCCUUUAGGACUCACACAUGGAUUCAGUAGAAAAGACAACAAAUAGAAGUGAACAAAAAUCAAGAAAGUUUUUAAAAAGCCUCAUCCGGAAACAGCCCCAGGAGCUGCUCCUGGUCAUUGGGACAGGCGUCAGCGCGGCGGUGGCCCCGGGGAUCCCCGCCCUGUGCUCCUGGAGGAGCUGCAUCGAGGCCGUCAUCGAGGCCGCUGAGCAGCUGGAGGUGCUGCACCCCGGGGACGUGGCCGAGUUCCGCAGAAAGGUGACCAAGGACGGGGACCUGCUGGUGGUCGCCCAUGACCUCAUCCGGAAGAUGUCCCCGCGCACGGGCGACGCCAAGCCCAGCUUCUUCCAGGACUGCCUGAUGGAGGUCUUCGACGACCUGGAGCAGCACAUCCAGAACCCGCCAGUGCUGCAGUCCAUCCUGAGCCUGAUGGAGCGGGGCACGCUGGUCCUCACCACCAACUACGACAACCUGCUGGAGCUCUUCGGGCAGCAGCAGGGCAAGCCCAUGGCAUCGCUGGACCUGAAGGACAAGACCAAGGUGCUUCAGUGGGCACGGGGGAACAUCAGGUAUGGAGUGCUCCACAUCCACGGCUUAUACACUGACCCCUGCGGGAUGGUGUUGGACCCUUCAGGAUAUAAAGACGUCACUCAAGACCCAGAGGUCAUGGAGGUUCUCCAGAACCUGUACCGCACCAAGUCCUUCCUGUUCAUGGGCUGCGGGGAGACGCUGCGCGACCAGAUCUUCCAGGCCCUCUUCCUGUACUCGGUGCCCAACAAGGUGGAGCUGGAGCACUACAUGCUGGUGCUCAAGGAGAGCGAGGACCAUUUCUUCAAGCAGCAGGCGGACAUGCUGCUGCACGGCAUCAAGGUCGUGUCCUAUGGGGACUGCUUCGACUACUUCCCAGGGUACGUGCAGGACCUCACCGCUCAGAUCUGCAAACAGCGAAGUCCAGAUGCCGAUCGAGUGGACAGCACCACGUUGUUGGGGAAUGCAUGCCAGGAUUGUGCAAAGAGGAAGUUAGAAGAAAAUGGAAUUGAAGUUUCAAAGAAACUCAGACAGUCAGACACAGAUGAUGCUGGAGGGUCUUGAAAUCUUUAAAACCAAUAAAAGCUGCAACUUGAAAACCAGCCUUCUGUAACCACAGUGCCAUCCCCAACAAGGACGAAUGUUAGAGAACUCCACACAGGCUCUCUCGAUCCUAAACCAUCACAUACCCCGAGAGCUGUGCGGGUAUGUGCCGUCGGAAGCUGGGUGAGGGAGUCCGCCGUGUUGAACUGCUCGUGAGGUGACGCGCACACAGCAGGUAUCCUGUGUGAGGACUGACAAGACAGCUACCUCAGGGACCGAGGCGGUGGGCAGGGACAUACCUGGUAUUCCCAGCUCCCAUGUGACACGCCUCUGUCAGGCGGUCCUUUUCCUCUCAUAAAAGGGGGAGAGUAAAGACUGUCCAGGCAACAGUAGUUGCCAAAGAGAAAAUAAGACACUAGACACUUAAAUUUUAUAAUUUUUGUGUGGAAACAUGUUACUGUAGAAAAAAAUUGAUGUUUGUUACAUUGUUAACUACUGAAGAAUGGAUGGAUACUGGAGGCACCGAGUCAACUAGUGAGGGUGGUGUUUAAAGAACGCGUAGAUCUGCGGGGCUUCUUUGGAGUUCUGUAAUCUUAGUUAGUCUGUUUUUUAAAGAAGGGCAAAUCUACUUACUACUAAGAAGUGAAGUCUCCAAGAGGCAGAAGGCCUUUUCAAAAGCACAGGGCAGUGUCCAGGUGCGUCAUGUUACAGAUACUGACGAAUCGUAAGUCAAGCACAAGACCAAGUUUUAAACUUUUAAAUACCAACCUCUCCUAGCCUUUAUUCUAUGGGGUAAGGUCCCUUUCGGUUCUUAUCUCUUUAAAAUCCUCUCCCCACGGCCCAUAUUCAAGGAUUUGCACAGUGAAGACUUGGCAAAGACUUGUCAGAACACUAUAAACGUCAGGGCUCAUGAGGGGCAGACAGCGUGGUAUCUUGUAGGCUGUGUACUUGUGCCCACCGAGUUGCUCUAUGACCCUGGCACCGGCUCUGCGUGGCUUCUGUCUUGAGGCUCCCGUGUUACAGCUCCCCACAGGUUUAGAGGAAGGGAAGAACAGCAAACAGGAACUUGGGAUGUGUAGGGAGUGUGAGAGAAGCCAGAGAGCUCCUCAAGACCUUUUUCUCCUUCCUUUUUGAAGCAUGGAAAACAAAUCUUUUAUGUUGCUCUGGUCAGAAAUAAAAUUUUAUCUUCAACUCUG